AUGAGCUGGUAUCGUAAAGACAAUCCUGAUGUUAUUCCAGGUAAUCCGGAACGUAUUGGCAAAUGGGAUCCAUUACAGUAUCUUGAUUUAACAAAAUAUUUAAAACCAUUUAAUGAAUAUCCCAAAGAUUUUAAUCCAAGAGUUCAUGGUGCUUAUUUACCAUACAUGUACUACGGAAAACGUCAGUUUGUAACAUUUUUGCUGUUUGAUUCAUCUGCUUCAUUUUGUUUUUUACUUGUUAUAGUGGAUACAUCAUUUAGUCAAUUAAAAUUAAAGGAAAUUCCAGAAUGGUUUGCUCGACGAAAUAAAACGCCAUCGGGUGCAUAUCAGUUGGGUAUAAGAGCAUUUUGGCGUUGGCAUCGUGCUUAUGGUGAUUGUAAAAAGCCAAAUCUCAUUUGGGUCAUCCAACCAUUUAUUCUAUUUUCACUAAUUAAUUUCUUCACAAUUGCUAUACCAGAGAGAAAGAGAAAAGCGAGUAUUGCAUUAAGAUUAUUGGAAAGCAAUUGUAUUUCAUUCUAUAUGAAUAUUUUGAAAGAAGUUGAAAAAAGUUUGUUAUAUGAUGUUGAAACAACAUAUACAGAAAAAAAAUGUAUUAGUGAUCAAACAAUGUUAGCUCUUUUCUCAUUUUAUGGGAAUCAAUUUAAACAUGCAUUAGAUUUAAUUGAUACGCAUUGUAUUCAUUUAUACCAGUCAAAGACAAACAAUCGAUUAUACCAAAUACAUGAUCAAAAUAAAACGCUCAUAUGUAGUUUAACAUCAAGCAAUUUUUGUACAUGUUCAUUAUAUCGACAUAAUGUUUUAGAAAAACACGAAUAUUUUGCUUGUAAACAUAAUAUUGCUGUAAAACUGAUUGAAAAAAUUAAUAAUGCUAAUAUUGAGAUAUUUGAAGUAAGUGAUGAAGAUAUUAACAAGAAAUUAAUUGAACUUAUAGAAUUAAAUCAACAUUAA